AAGGCCACGCAGGAUGCACAAGAACCGCCUCGAUUGAGAUCCAACAUACCACUUAUUGGUCAUAUCCUGGGUAUAAUCCGAAAUGGACCAUCAUAUCAUAGUCAAUUGAGGGUUGCCGCCAACUCGGAGAUAUUCACUUUGGGUAUUCUCAAUUUCAAGCUCUACACGAGCGUUUCGACCAGACUCUUGCCCGCCAUACAGAGACAGUCCAAGACCCUAUCUUUUCGGCCCAUGAUCCAGCACGUCGCACGUCGUUGGGGCGAUGCGAGUGACGAGACCAACGAGGCCUUCGGGGGACACUUAGUAGAAGAUUUCAGCCAUGCCAUGAGGAUGAGUCUUGCUCCAGGACCACACCUUGAUGAACAAAAUAAGAGGAUGGCCGAAAGAGCCCUCUCUGAUAUUGAUGCUUUGAUCAGCUCAUCAGACAGCAAGACAGAUGGAAGCAAAAUCUUGCUGUUGGGCUGGGCCCGCCAUGUUGUCACUCAAGCUUCGAGCUGUGGUGUGUAUGGCACCGAGCAUCCAUUCCUAGAUCCAGAAGUCGAGCAAGCAUUUUGUCAUCUUUCUGCACAUAUCUCAGGCUUGAAUUUCGAUAUCUUCGGGAAGGGCUACACAGCAAGACAAAAAGUCUUUGAUGCACAUGCCAGAUACUGCGGUGACAUCCGUUCGGACGCAUCUCUACUCUUCACAGAACGCUGGCGCGUCUUAUUGGAAGCCGGCAUAUCCGAGUCGGACUGCAUCAAGCAGCAAGCAACACUGCCGAUAGGGAUGCUGAGCAACACGGUUCCAACUUUCUAUUGGACCAUAUGGGAACUGUACUCUAGAGACAGUCUUCUGGCUGAGGUCCGAGAAGAGUUAGAGACUCAUGCGAUCAUCGAGCAAGAAGACGGCCUCGCGCUCAACACUGCUGCUUUGAAGACAGAGUGUUCGCUUCUGCUUUCCGUGUUUCAAGAAACUCAAAGGACCCGGCACAUCCAUGCUGCUAUCCGCAAAGUCAUGAGCGACACAUUGCUGGAUGGCAAGUACCUACUCAAGGAAGGGAACUAUCUUCAGAUGCCUGGAGCUUCGAUCCAUUCGAAUACCGAGUUAUGGGGUCCUUCGGCAAAGGAGUUUGACCCCUACAGAUUUAUCAACCAGGGUGCGCACGCCAGCGGGCCAAAGCAAAGAGGUCGGGACUUCCUUGCAUGGGGUGCCCCACCGCACCUGUGUCCAGCACGACAAUUUGCAGCCACCGAGAUCAUGAUCUUAGUUGCGCUCCUGGUGAUGCGGGUGGAUCUUCGGCCUUUCAGAGGUACCUGGGAGAAGAGCCCAGCUCUCGAUUUCGAAGAUCCAGUCACGGUCCUUAACCCAAAGACGGACAUCCAGGUACACGUCAGCGUAAGGGAGAAAUGGGCUAGGAGAUGGAAACUGCAGAUGUCGCCCAGCACAUGCCGGGUUCCUCUUGCCUCAGGCUAG